AUGGAAGAAAAAAAUAAGGGAAAGAAGGAUAAAGCUUCUAAAAAGGGUUUGGGAAAGGAGAAGAAAGAACACCAAGCGGCGGGUGCGAAAUUGAUAAACACAUCCGAAUGGGAUGUAAAUGGGGAAACUAGAUAUAUUGAAAACGACGAAGAAGAUGACGUGCUUCCUAACGAAAUGUCCUUCACUCAGAAGGAGGUGGGGUGUGAAGAAAUAAAUGAGACGAAAAUGAAAAAGGGGGUUGAUAAGCUCCCUCAUAAUGGAAAGAAAAGAAACAAGGGAAGAAGGGAAAUGAUGGGACGAGACACAGAGGAUUGCAGAACUAACAACAGAGAGGAUAAAGAUAGCAUGUUAUCCCUUUCAAAUGAAUUCAAGUUGACUAACCUGAAAAAUAAUGAAAUUUUCAAAAGCAAUCUCCCAAAGAGUAUAGGCGAAAUAUCUCCUCUUAGGAAAACAGAAUUUUUUGCAGCGGAAAAGGGAAAUGGUUGCUAUGGAAAGGGCCUCAACAAAAGUGUCCAAUUUUUAGAAGAUAUGAAAGGAUUUAAAAUGAGAAAACAGAGAAUGGACGACCUUGUUAUGAACAUAGGAAAUAAAAAAGAAGAUAAUAACGGAACCCCAAAUGGGAGCGGCAAUUUAAAGGUUGGAACUAAGGGUGAAGUGACCUCCCCUCUCAAUGUAGAAGAAAAGGAAACCCUGUCCUACAAGCUGAAGAAGCAGAAAAAAAUUGAAAAAUACAAGCUGAGCGGCGAAGAAAAAGAGAAGUACAUGAAAAAGUACAUGCUCAAAUUGGAAAAGCAGUACAAAAAAAAAAAAGACGAAGAUUUAAAAAAGGAAGUAGAAGAGCAGAAGGAGGAAAUAAAAAAAUAUCAAGAAAAGGAAAACACGUUCGUUAAUUAUUUAAAGAACCCCAGAUUGAAUUUAUCCAAAACGGAGGAUUUGAAUGACUACUUGUGUAUUAUUCCCACUACAGUAUACUUUACAGACGUAAUCAAAGACGAAACGCAGACGAGGGACCUCCUAAUCACGAACAAAGGCAGUACGCUGCUGCACGUCAUCAUAGUGCCACCAUCCACAAGCCACUUUUACAUAAAAGACAUCAUUAAUGUGUACAACAAGAAUGAGGAGAAUUCCAAGAACAAUUUGAACAAUCAAAUAGCCCCUGGACACUCCUUGAAGAUAAAAUUAGGUUACAACGUUUUCACCCUGAUGCAUCAAAGGGACCAAAUAAAAAUACUGUCGGAAGCCGGGAACAAGACAAUAGACAUAAAAGCGUUUCGCUCAAUGCCAAAAAUGAAGUUCCAGAAAAUUCUUAAUUUUGGGCCCAUUCGGUCUCACGAGAAGAAAAAAAAAUCAUUUUAUAUCAAGAACGAAGGGGAAGAAACCAACAUACUGAUAUUACCGAGGAAGCUAUUUAGCUUUUACGAAAAAAAGGAGAGAAUUGAAAGAGAUGAAAACAUAUUAAAUUUGCUCAUAAAAAAGGAUGACGAUUCAAGGGAGGUUCCCCAAAUGGGGGAAAAUAACGGAGCUGGAAAAAUUAUUCAAGUGAAGGAAAAGGAAGACACAUACUACACAUUCAAUAAUGUAAAGAGUUAUUCUCACAAUUUUCUCUACUUAUAUCAAAAUUUGUCCCAUAAUUUUGAGGAACUAUAUUUUGAAAAUAUUUUGCAAGAUUGUUAUUAUUUGAACUUGAAAAGGGCAGAGGAGAAGGUCCUUACUUUUGCGUUUAGAAGCGGCAAAAUAGGAGUUUACGAGAAGGAUUACCUCAUGGUAACGGACAUCGAAUGCGACUUUGGCGAACUGGAAGACAAAAGAAGAUGUGACUUUUUGAACUGGAACCAAAUGAACGUUUUUCCGUUUUGCGUUAAAGCCUUGGUGGAGCCGCUGCUCUUAAAUUUGGUACAUAUAAAUGGGAAUGUGCCAGGGGAAUGUUACGAACGGAAGAUAUCAGAAUACCUGCAAGGGGGAAGAAGAGACAACUUGAGUUACUUUUUCUACAGCACUUCUUUACACUCGAUUAGGUUUCCGGACAUCCAGGUAGUUAACAGCGGGUACAACGUUGCCGAAGUGGAGGUCCUAAACAACGGGCUGAUUGACCUAAAAGUGUCAUGUAGCGUAUACGUAAAGGCAAACUCAGAAAAGGACGACAUGCAAACCAUUUUUGACAAAGAAGACAGAGGGGUGUACCACUACAAUGAGGUAUUCGAUGUUACGUGUCCACAUUUAUUAUACGAUGAAGUAGCAGAGGGGAAGUCCUCACCGAAGGAGGAAGACAGGAAAAAAGUACGAAAGGAAAAAAACAAGAAAAAAAAAAAAAUGUGCCCUUUGUAUAUAUACCCAAAAAAUUUCACCUUGUCGUAUAAGAAGAGGCAAAAGGUAUUUAUCAUUUUCAAGCCUCAAGAAAAACACGAAAAUUACAAAAAUUAUUGCUUCCUUUUGGUGAUAAAAAAUUUGAGCAAGGGAUCGGAUAUAAGCAUUGGUGAUUUGUUAGAAAUACAAAAAAAUGGGGGCGAGGAAAAUGACGGAUUCCCUCUAGUGUGCGUUAGGGAGAACAAAAUAAUUAAGAAUAAAGAAUGGAAUCAACGAUUCGAAAAUGAUAUUUCGAAGUAUGAAGACUCGUCUUCCCCGGAGGGUGGCACAUGUUCGAGCUACUCCGAGAUAAGUCAAGAUGAAAGUUUAAAAAAAAAACAGAAUAAGAAGAACACCUACUUUGGGAAGAAAAACAAGAAAAAAAAAUUUGUCGCGUUUUGUAUGAAUGUCUACGCUAAUAUAGUUAAGCCCAAUGUACAUGUGAAGACGAAAAAAUUGACCAAGUGCCUUUUGCUAAAUCCGCUGCAUUUAUAUAAAACCAGUUUUACUAUAAAAAAUGCAAGCGAUUUUUAUGUUAAUUACCGCUUUGAAAAUUUAAUUCAUUUGGAUGAUUUGUCUAAAGAGGAAAAGGCAAUUCCAUUUGAGAAGAAUAGAGGAGUUGUCCACGGGGGGAACACCAACGCGUCGAAAAGUGAAGAAAAAGAAACGCCUAUCAUCCGUGAUGGAAUUCAGGACGAUGUCGCAGGCAGUAAACGGAAAGAGGACGACCCUUUUGCCAACAAAGAAGCGCAUCAGAUAUGCUAUUACAACUACGUAGAUGUGCUGCGUGACAUACGAUCAUCUAAAAAGGGGGGCGAAAAAAGCAUCACGGAGAGUAGAAGCAGGAGCGGCAGAAGCAGCGCCGAUCGGGAAAAAACAAAAAUAAGGGAAGAGGCAGAUAAUACACGGGAUGGCAGCGAUGUGGAGAACAGCAAGGCGAUUCAACGAAAGCGAAACACAGAUAAAGGAACAGAUCAAAUGUUAAGUAAGAAAAAUAUGAAAGGGGGCCAAACUAGCGGGAAAGCGAGUAUCCCCCCAGACAGAGAAUACUUUCUCAAUUUGAACAAAAGGGUGGUAAAAUAUUUUUACGAAAGGGGAAACAGUGAUGGGGUUAGCAUGUACGUGUUGGUUAAAAAUGCGCCCAAUGAAAUGUUUAAAAGGGAAAUAGAGGAAAGGGGGGAAAAUGGGGCAACUUUGCAAAGGCAGAAAAGAGAAGAACGCGAUGGGGGUCAGAAGUGGACAAAAAAGCGAAAGAAUAAAAGUGUAAACAUUCUCAAAGUUGAAGAAGGUGAAUACUGCCUAAAACCACAUGAGAAGAAAAAAAUCCUUUUGUAUUUUCUAGUGAAUCAUUACGGAUACCAUGAAAUGAACAUGAGCAUAAUUUUUUACAUGGGUAAGUAUAUACUGGAAAAAAAAGUUAAGGGGAGAAUAUUGACCAAGUGCAAAGGGAUCGAAAUAAGUAGAAACUCUUUCGUCUUCCGCAAUAGUUACUCCCAUUACUGUUUUUGCAACAUGGUAAAAAUUGAAAACUUAGAUAAAGACUUAAAAUUGAUGAAAUUGGGCCAGACAUCGGAGAAGAAGUGCGGGUUCGUCACCUUGUAUAUGCUUUAUUCGUCUGCCUUUAAAAAUAAGGGGAAGAAAAGGAGCAUACUCGGACGCGAGGAUCUGCUUAACAAUUUCAGGAGAAACUUUUUUUUAUUUUUAGAAAAUGAAAUAGACAAGAGUUGUGUUAAGCAGGAGGGUGACGGGUACCAGUGCGACUUGUGCAGGUGUUCGUUUAAAUACGAUUGUUGCAUCCACUUCUUUGAGAGUAAUUUUUUGGCAUGUACCCAUGGACAUGGCUAUUCUUACCAGUUUGGUCAGGAAAAAUAUAUAGUGGAAAAUGGAAAGAUGGCUAGUUUGAUGGGGGGACCUUCUCGUUGCCAUCACCUUAGUGGCAACCUGCAAGGAAUUUACAAAUAUCAUGCGGAUAAAGAUUUGUAUAUUCAUAACAGCAAGGCAGAGUUUGCGCCGCACCUUUUGAUCUACCCAUCCAAUUUGUUAUUGCUUCCGUUAAGAGAGACGGUUUUCCUCUUUUUCGUCUUCCUUCCGCAUGCGGGAAGUAUAAGUCCCCUCCUCACGAUAAACUGGAACGCAUUUCGAAGAGACAUCUUAAUUGAGGGAGAGUGCAAAAAUGGAAGCGUAAAAAUAAAGCAUGGCAAAAAGUUAGGUAGUACUAACCCUGCUGAUACGAAAAGGGGAAAAAAUUACGUAGGAAUAUGCAGUGACGCAUUCCACGUGAAGGUAAAAAAUUUAAACGAGUUAGACAUUUUUUAUGAAAUGUGCCAAGUGGGAAAGAACCAAUUUGAAUAUAAUUAUCAGAAAAAGGCGUAUGUGGUGGUCUGGAAUUGUACUCCCAAGUUGGAUUGCUAUUAUGAAGACUUCUACACCUUUGCGAAGGUUAAUAACGUGAAGAGGGAAAAGGACAAGGGUUUUUUUUAUCAAAAUACGGAAGAAUUAGAAGUGGAAAAGCACUUCUGUACUAAGGAAAACAGGGUAGAAUAUAUGAAUGGAGGUCCCCUUUUGAAAGGAGAACAUUCCAUGGAAGAAGGUAGCCCAAUACACGCCUGUGUCAUCAUGGCGGAUUGUCACUCAAACGAAGUAAAGGGAAAUCAAAGCAAAGCGCACGAAUUUAGAUUGUUGCUCUUUCACGAUGAUGUCAUAACGAAAGAUAACAAUUUUGUAAAAUUGAAAUUCCCCGUAAAAUUGAACUAUUUUCAUUAUCGAGAAGUUAUAAAAGUGUCUUGUUAUUUUUCCCGACACACAUUUGAUUUUGUCCUAAUCAGAGAAGAAGACUUAUUGCUAUCUUUGUUAAGCUAUGUCAAAAUGGUCGUAUGUGAGAGGAGAUGGUGCCAAAAAGGGGCCACCACUUGUGUAACAAAUGAGACAGAGGAGGAGAAGGGAACAGGGACAAACUCGACCGACUCGUUUGUAAACAAACUUAUCGACGAACUGCACUUUAUAAAAAGAGAAAAAAAGGAUGACCAAAUGUGGGGGGAAACAAUCAAUGAAUAUUUGAAGCAGAUGAAGAAGUUUUUUCCCCCCAAUUUUGAUGAAGAUGUGCUGGCAGAGUUUCAAAAUUUUGUGCUCCAAAUUGAGUCAAAAUUUGAAACAAAGGAAAUAACAUGCGAGAAAAUAAGUACAAAGGAAAAACACACACAGGAUGUGGAUGGAAAAGGGGAAGGAGAAAAACCUCCCAAUGAAAUAAUUCACCAAGGAGCUUUAUGUGCGAAGGGUGAUUUCCCCCAUGAUAAGGGUGAACAUACAAACAGAAGGGCAAAUAAAGAGGUGAAGAAACUUGGGUGGGUACAUAAACUCCUACACACACUGAACAAUAAAGUCGAUUAUAAUUUUAUCGAUUUUGUGAGGAGGAAUAAGCGCGAACUGGACUUUAAGUACGAACAAGGGGAAAUCACAGGGGCGCACGACCUGAACAGUGUAAAACGAGACAAAAUUAACCCAGCGAAAAUGGACAAAGAGGGGAAAUACCACACUUUAGAUGAAGCCACAGACUUAUUCAAAAGCUACUACUGCGAACUGAAUAAAGAAAAUAGCACAAUAUACGUAAUAGUAAGCAAUAGGAACAAAUACGACCUUCGCCUGAAGUUGCAUUCGCCGGCGUAUAUAAAUGACAGCUUAAAUGAAGCAUUCCACUUGUGCAUAGAUAAUUUAAUUAUGAGGAAGGAGUGGCCAGGGAUUUCCCGUUUUGUAAGUGAAUACAAAUUGGGUAAAAGAGAAAGUGCGCGUUGUAAGUCGAUCCAUUUAAACAGCGUGAAUUGUGGAAAGUACAGCAAGUUAAAACACUUAAGCGCUGCAUAUAUAGGAAAAAACGGAAAAAAGGAAGACCACUAUUAUCAGUACUUGAAUAACGUUCUACGCGAAAAGAGGGAAUACUGUUUUGGCUUAAGAAGUAACUUUUUUGUGGACUUUUUCCAAUUCGAAAAUGUAUUACGUUCCAUGAAAUGUUCCUUUAUAAAACUCCACUUACAUGCAGACAAUGUCAAUUUGUAUGAGGAUGAAAUUACGUUGAAUUUAAGCAACAGCGAAAGAGUCUUCAAAGUAUUUAUUACCUCCCAGAUUAAAUCGCUGCACUUGUUGAGCCCACACAGGGAAACGAAGAAUGGCGAUAAAUGCAUUUUUGUUAAUUCUAUUUUUAUAAAUAAGGAAAUUCUUAAAAAAUUCGAAGAGCUAAACAGAAACAAGAAAAACGAACAAAUAGACAAAAUAUGCAAGUGUUUUGAAGAAAUAUUAAAACCGCGGGAAAUCGACAUAUUCAACUCGUCCAAUUUGAGGAAAAGGGUCCAUUACAAUUUCAGAAAAAUUUAUCACAUUAAGAAUGAAAACGGGGGAAAAGGAAAAAAAGGUGUAGCAGAAAGGGAAGCAUCGGCACAAAGGGAGUGUAAAAGAGAGGAGAUUGACGAAGAGUCAAAUGAAGAAUAUGAAAAUCGAUGCACGGAUGGUGAGACAACGGAAAAUCCGUCCUACAGGACCGACGUCGCAGAGAUCGCAGACAUGGCUGAUGAAGGGAGCGAAAUAAGAAUUGAGUGCGAAAACAACUAUAUGGACAAAAACGAGAAAACAAAGGUGAAACUAUUUUUGGAAAACGUCUCACAUAAAGAAGGGAAACACUUAUACAAAAUUGACUGCAAUUAUAGCUAUGCCAAUCCGAUGGAUGUCACCUCUCAAGUUAAAAGUGAAACUGCUUGCGAUGCUUUAAAUGAAAAAUUAAAGAAGUUGCUCUCUCUGCAGUUUUACCUAUCGGUUAAUGUGGAGAAGCCGAGAAUCACGCUACUACAUAACAGUAAAAUCUCUUACGGCAAAAGGGUAAAACUCGAUUUGAAUUAUUUCAACAAAAAGGCGUACAAAAGAAUUGAUAAAAUGUACAAAAGCCAAGUGAUUAAUGACAUAUUAUAUGAAGACGUGAACGAAGUAAAUGAAUACUUUGAUCAGGUUUUCUUGAGAAACAAAAAUCUCAAGUUGUAUUUUUGCAAUCAGCAGGAAAUUCCUUUUUACUCGUACAUGUACACGAAAAAGUUCCUUCAAAUAAAAAAUGUCUACAUAGAUCACGAAGAGUUUGACCAUUCCAACACGAAAAUUUACCACAUUAAGAGCAAAGGUAAGGUGUGCGUAAAGCUAGAAGUAGAUGAGCUGAAGCUGAAAAACGAACUAAAAAACAACACAAGUCGUAAUUUGCCCCUGAAAAAUAAAAUAGAGAAAAAGUACAUAGAAGAGGAUUUUUUAACAUUCCAAUAUUUAACAAGUAAAAGGCAACAAAGGUUUUAUGUCGAAUGUCAUUAUAACGUGCCCUUUUUAAUCAUCAAAGAGAACCAGCACAUAUUUCGAGAGUUUAACAACUUGAAAAGGAAAAAUCAGGAAAUCGAAAAUUGCAAAGAGUUGAACGAAAUUGAGAGCAACCUUUCUGACAAAAUAAGGGCGGGGAAAAUAAUAUAUAGCGAAAUUGAAAUGAGGAACAGCGCGUAUUUUAUUUACAUCAGCUUUAGUGAAUUAAAAAUGUACAAACUUGGUCUGUUUUUGUUUAACACGACGAGAAUUCCCGCCACGUGGGCUGUAAAGGAGGAAGACCCACCUAGCGGAAAUUCUUACUCCUUAAAAGUCGCCGAUAACAAAGUAUUCCACUUCAGUAAAACGAAAGACAUCCUAUUUGGAAAAACGUACGACAUGCAUGAAGUGAACCUUGGAAAAGAUGAAAACUGGAAUAACCCUUUUCUGUUUCCCGAUUACAUUAUAGUAACAUUCACGCCAACCAGCAAGAGCGACGUAACAAAAAAAUACUGCAUUGACGUGGCCGAUGGGGAAAAGAUAGAUUUUUAUUUAAAGGGAGUUUAUAUACCAAAAAAUGAUGAACAAACGAAAAACAGUUAA